UCAUGAGGAGUGACGCGGCCAUAUUUGCCGGUGCUGCUCCGCUGUAAACAAAAAGUGUCUGAGACGGACGCUCCGCUGAUUUUAGGGACAAUUUUAUUUCUCUCAUUUAUUAUCUCUUCAGGUAUGUCUUACAAACCCAAUCUCCAUCAACACCUUCCGGGAACUUCUGGGAACCAAGGAAACAUCCCCUCUCCGUCUUCAAUGGCAACAAUACAGUCAUACAAGCCAUUUCUAAAUGACUUUGGGCCGCCUUCGUUGGGAUUCCCACAGGGUCCAAAUGGGAGCCAAGUACCUCAGAGUAAAUAUGCUGAACUCCUCGCCAUCAUUGAAGAACUUGGGAAAGAAAUAAGGCCAACAUAUGCAGGGAGUAAAAGCGCCAUGGAGCGACUUAAAAGAGGAAUCAUUCAUGCCAGAGGGCUUGUUCGUGAGUGUCUGGCGGAGACAGAGAGAAACGCCAGAUCCUAGCGCUCUCUCCAUACGGCUGAAAGAACUGUGUCACACGGGAGUCAUGCAUGCCUCUCCUGUGAAGGGAUAAAACAAUCAAAAAACGGAGCAUUUAUGUUACGAAUUGCGCUUUUCAUCUGCAGUUUGGAGGGAAUAAGGCACCAUUCAGAGAAUAUAUCUUCUGAUUUAUAAAUGCAAGAGAUCCAGAACUGUUGCCAUUUGAGUUUUUUUUUUAAAUAUACAUUUCAUUUUCUUUGACCACAUAGUAUCUUUACGAGCGAAUAAGCAAAAAUGCAUGCAAUCGGAUGAAAGGUCCCACAUUAGAAUCUGCAUGGCUUUUACAGGUUAGACUAGGUUUGUGCUUUUAGAAAUAGGUCUCAGGAUAAGGUCGAGUAUUUUUUCUUUGGACGCACUAAUGAAUAGGUGAGAUUUCUUUUAAUCGGGGUGAUGCUGAAAAGUAUUGUAGUGAUGCCAUUACUUUCGUCUUUAUUUGUAUUUAUUACCUUGUGUAAUACAAUGUAUUUUCAUGUAAAGACAAAAAAGGUCACUCUUUGGAAUUUUGUAUAUCUGUCAAUAAAUAUGACAUUCAUUGUAUAUGAAA